GAGGAAACCACUGGAUCAAAUCAACCUGGAGCAGCUCAUUGUGCAGCAAUACUAGUUCGUGCCAUGGGAGACAAUGCUUCAGACGACGCUUCAGCUUAUGAAGUUGAUCCCAACUGUACCAACAUUGAUACUCUAAUGAAGAGGUAUUAUCUCCCAAUAAUAUAUGGUAUAAUCUUCAUUGUCGGCUUAGUGGGAAACCUAUUCGCCAUCACAGUAUAUCUGGUCAAGAUGAGACCAUGGAAGAGCAGCAGCAUCAUCAUGUUUAACCUUGUGGUAACAGAUUUUCUGUAUAUGUUGACUCUGCCCUUCUUCAUAUACUACUACACCAAUGUCGAUUCCUGGAACAUGGGAGAUUUCAUGUGCAGGUUUGUGCGCUUCGCUUUCCACUUCAACCUUUAUGGGAGCAUCCUCUUCCUCACCUGCCUCAGUGUCUUUCGCUACGUCGCCAUUGUCUACCCCUAUCGAUCUCAGGAGGUGCAAAAGAAAUGGUGGGGCAUCCUUGUUUGCAUCAUUGUCUGGGCAAUUGCAGCAGUGGCAAUCACCCCCAUGACGACAAUGAUCUCUCUGGUUGAAUUGCAGAAUGUCACGCAAUGCUUAGAUUUUGCAAGCAAUGACUUGGAAACAGUUUGGUGGUAUGGCUGGCUUUUGACAGUGCUGGGGUUUCUCGUACCCUUAGCGAUUGUAUGCAUGUGCCACUUCAGCAUUGUACGGGCGCUGAGCACUGGGCCUCGCACUAGGAGUGAGUGCAGGAUAAAGGCCCGCCGUCAUGUCGUCCUCAUCAUAGUUGUGUUUGUGCUGUGCUUUCUCCCUUUUCAUAUAUCAAGAGCCAUCCGGAUGAUAACCAGGAGACCUGACUUUGACUGUCUUGUGAUGAGGCGAGCUCAUGCAGCAUACAUCUUUUUUAGGCCAGUUGCAGGAUUGCACACUUUUUUCAACUUUUUUUUGAAUACAACUGCUGGGGAUCAGUUUCAGAAGGCCUGUAGUGAGCUUUUCAACUGCUUCCGUUGUGAAUCAAAAUGCAAGGAAGUUUGCAACGUGGCUGUCAUUUCAUAAAUCCGACAGCCCUUCAUAAAUGUAUGUGAUCUAAAAAGACUGUUUUGGUAACUUUCAAGAAGUAAUAUUGAAGUUUUUCUGUUUAUGAACUCUAGGAUAUAUUAUUCUUAUUAGUGCAAUUACUGUGAACCAAAGCUACUGUGUAUCAUAUGUUAAAAGCAAAUGUUGAAACCAUGGUAACCAACUUUUGGUGAUACCAGCAAGCUAAUGCUAAAAUGACAAACACAACACAAUGAUACAAUGCCAUGAGACCAAGGGUUUGGCUUUAGAUUAAUGUAAAUAUGUGGGUCAAACACUUAAUGAAUGCUGAUCAAACUCCAUCUCAUGGGAAUUUUAGAUCCAAGGCAUGAUUUAAAAACAUAUGUAUGUAAAAUGUACAGCAUGCAGCUCACCUUACCUGCAGUGUACUAAGUAUUUUUAGACAAAUGAAAAACCUUUGUCAAUGUCUUGAUCACUGUUUGCCUAAAUUCAUUACAACUGUACAUUUCUUUUAUUACUACUCUUAACUAUAAAAUAUGCAGAUAUACAGAUUUCUGAUGCUCUUAAAAGGUUUAAGACAGGACAUGACUAUAUAACAACAUUCCACUUUAUAUUAAGUGCCUGUAACUGCAAUGUGACUGGAUUUGUAGUUACUUAGUAAUUGCAUUAUAAAUACAUAACCACAUGUGUAAUUACAGUAAGAUUACAAACAACGAUAACAGCUGCCAGCAUGUUUCAUUUAGUAAAUAAACACAUUGUUGAAUUGUAAUACAUGGCUAUAUGUAUACAUACUGUGUUACUGUAGUGUAGUUACAGUGCAGUUAGUAACAUUUCAGUUAAAAUGUUUGCCAGUAAAAACAUUUACUUGUUAACAGCCUCAUUUAAAUAUAAUAUCCAUCAUUUAUUAAGUUUCCCUUAUAAAAGACAAACACAUUAUGGCAAACUUAAAUUAUUAUUAUGUUUUUCAAACUAGCAAUUCAGACACAGUCACUAAUAAAAUACUAUUAAAACAUGUGAUGUGCACUCACCAGUAUGUGUCUGUCUGUAAUAUAAGACAAGAUGAGACUUGGAUUUGAAUGGCUUGUUUCCCCAAAAACACACACACUUUCCUGUACUGUAAUACAUAUUGUUAUGAAACAUGGUUUUAUUGUAUUUGUUAUAUAUGUUUAAUAAAUGUAUUGUUUAAUUUCAUUUUAUAAAAACAUGUGCUGAACUACAACCCAUUUUGCAGGGUACUGGUAUUUAAAAUGUCAAUAAUUCCUAAUUUUUGAUAUGUAACUUCAGUCAAUUUUAAUAAUUAACUAGACUUUUUCUUUAUAUGUAUUUACUG